GAUGUAUGUAAAGGAGAGUAACAGAGAGUACCAGAUGUAUGUAAAGGUGAAAUUAGACCUUCUUUUUCCCCCAAUGCCGUUUCUUAGGGUUACAGACAUACCACGUUUUGGGUCGCCCUCCUGGAUGCCUUUUAUCAAAGCCUGGUCUGCUUUUUCGUCCCAUACCUGGCUUACCAAGGUUCAGACAUUGACGUCUACUCCUUCGGGACGCCCAUGAACACGGCCUCCUUGUUUACCAUUCUGCUGCACCUGGCAAUUGAAAUAAGGACCUGGACCGUAGUGCACUGGGUGGUCAUGGUAGGCAGUGUGCUGCUCUACUUCAUCAUCGCCCUGUCCUACAGUGCCCUCUGUAUCAACUGCAACCAUCCGUCCAACCCCUACUGGAUCAUGGAGAAUCAGAUGGCUGAUCCAGUCUUCUACCUCGUAUGCAUUCUCACGACUGUUCUGGCCCUUUUGCCCAGGUAUACUUUCCGUGUGCUGCAGGGCACGCUGGCCUUGUCUCCCUUGGUUCGCGCUCGACAGCUGGACAUGCUCUCCCCGCAAGUCAGGGACUCCUUGAUCAGAGAAUGGAGGAACCAGGAAAGCACUUCUGAAGCUGUGCCUGACCAGGUCCUGUCCUCCCCAGCGGAGCCAGGCAGCCCGACAGAGCCCACAGUGGACAGGGGCCUGACUCUUCACAAGGACGGCAAUGAAGAUACGGGGAACCCUUUCAGUCCCGGUCACAGGCGAUCGAUCAGCACCAUGACGAUCUAGAGGCGGAUGUGACACAUUGGACCUACUGUAUUAGCCCUAUACUGGGACUCGAGCAGCUAUUAAACGCCACCAGAUCAAUGGCCACUGUUUAAAGACAUGAUCCAUCUGGGAAAAUUACUGUUGGCAUGCACAUCUGAGCAAAAUCAAGUGUUUAUUUUUUUACUUUUACUGAUAUUUUUUAAAUAUCAAAAAUACUUGAAAGAAAAAAAAAUUAUUUUUUUGUAGUUCCAUGUACUUUAUAUAAAUAUUUUUUGGAACUCUUCCAGUGUCGUGCAAUUUAGAGAUCUUCAUGUGUUUACUGUCUGACAAAACACAUUUUGUCUUUAACAAGUAUGUAUUUUUAUUGUUUUGAUUGUGCUUAGUAUGUCAAAGGACGAUCAUUUUCCUGUCGCAGAUAUCUGACAUACAGAAAUGUAUUGAAGGAAUGUUUUACUUCUCUUUACAUUACCCUUCUGUCUCCCCUUGUUUGUUUUACCGAUUUGGGUAACAUCCGAAAACCUGCCUGUUUUUUUGCUGUAGCGAUGAUAUCAUUACACUGUGCAGAUCAUUCAGAGCUGAUGAAACACAGAUGGCUUUUGGGACAUUCUUCCGUUUCUAUUUGUCAUUCGUCAUUAAGGUUUGAUUAAUGCUCAGGGUCAAUAAGAAAAUGGCAUCUGAAUUUUACAAUGAAGUAUUGCAGGAUCUUGAAUGUCCAGCUAUUCUAUAUCUGAAAGAAAUGGUGACAGACCACCAGAACAAAUAAAACGCAAAGA